UUUUUCAUCUUUAAAGAAACAGCCGUGAAAAUGUUGCGAUCGUGUGUAUCGUGCCAAAUGCGAGAGAAUGGCUUGAUCGGUAUCUAUCAGCAUCAAAAUGAAUUGGAUAUUAUGUUUAACUACGUAACGGGAAUCCAGGUAGAGAUCGACGAUCACUUGUGUGUACCGUGCUGUGAGGAGUUAAAGGCGGCAUACCGGUUCAAGGAACGAAGCCUUCAAAACAACAUCCAACGCUUAACUGCGAAAUCAGCCAGCACACUAUCCGAUGCUUGCGGUGCUGGAGCCAAGCUGGAAAUCUGUAUAGUUAGCAAACCUCUCAGCUCGUUAGGACAGACCAAUGGAUACCCGAGACUGGAGAAUGUUCGGCAACUGAAAGAGGAAGCACUUCUGAAUACGAUCGAAGUAGAAGAAUUUGUUAUCCACCAUGCUCAACAGGAAGAAGUGGACAAAGACGCAGCUGUAAACGACCAGGAGUGUGUCAAUGAAUCGACAAAAGAACAACCGGCAAGCCAAGAUGAGUUGACCAGUGAUGGCAUGGAAGAAGAGGUUAUACCAGCUAGCCAUGCCAGGAGGCAAGCAAACGCUUCAGCUCGGAAAGUACCAUCUUUGAGAGCAUUGAGUUCGGCCAAAAAGAAUCCCAACUUACCGAAGGUACACAGCCUGAUGUGUGAGUACUGCUUCAAGGUGUUCACGGAACUGGCGGAAAAGAUUGAACAUUCGGACACGCAUCAAUCGGAAGUAAAACCAUACAAAUGCUUCCACGACGGCUGCGGUAGUUCCUUCAAGGAUCGCGGGGGUUUGCGGUCACAUGUGCGAAUUCAUGCACUAGUGAAACGGUUCGCUUGUAGCCGAUGUCCAAAGCAGUUUCACACGAACAACAAUCGGGUGGCACACGAGCGGAUACAUGACGGGGAGAAGCCCUUUAUCUGUCCAAAGUGUCACAAAGGCUUUGUGGAUUCGGGAAAUCUGAAAAACCACAUCCGUUCGCAUACCGACGAGCGGCCAUAUCUGUGUACGGUCUGUGAUAAAUCCUUCCGUACACACUACUCCCGCACGGUGCACAUGCGAUGGCACUCGAACGAUCGACCGUUUGUGUGCGCUGAGUGUGGUAAGAGAUUUAUCACCUCUGGCAAACUCACAAUCCACCGGCGCACACAUACCCGGGAGCGACCGUACAAAUGUGAUGUCUGUGAAUGCCGGUACGCCGAUAGUUCCGCCCUUCGCAGGCAUCAACGAAAUGUGCACGGCGGUAACGGCUAGC